AUGUACUUCUCGUUGAUCUUCCUCGGUCUUGCAGCCACCGCGUUAGGUAUUGACAUUAGAGCCCAUAGCGGAGACAACUGCGCCGGGGGCUAUGCGGCCUGCGUGAACAUCAACCCCAACGUAUGCUGCUCGUUCAGCAGCUCUGGAAGCAGCGGCAGGUCGAGUAUUGCUGUUGUUGCCAUUCCAAGCAGCUGGCGAAUCCGCACAGAGGCAUACACUGAGGGCGGCUGUAGAGCUUUCGGUGGUCAGCGGGACUCGGGAGGAAGUACCAGCGUUUGCCUGCCGUACACAACGCGUGGAGACCGCACGGGGGGGAAGUACUGGUUCCUCAACCGCAAGCGUGCCGACGACGAGUCGUGCCCCGCCGAGCAGCCCGGCGCUGGGAAAUGCGACGCCGUCGUCAAGCCUGAUACGCUAGGCCUCGCGGACGGCACUGAGUACGACAUUACCGGUCUGGCAGAUGAGAAGAUAGAAGAAUUGGAGAAGAUUGCGAACACCGGCGCCGGUGCCGACACCGUCCCCGCCGAGUUCCAGGCCCUGCUCCGCCAAAAUGAGGCCUAA